CUUUCGGCAAAAUCUUCGACCACACCACCCAUCUCCCAUCUUCCAACUUCAGCCCCAUUUUUCAUUUCCAAGUCCAAAGCAUCAAAAGAAACAUCAUCAUCCAACCCCACCACUCAUCUCUUUCUUUACUUUACUUUUGUUUUGCUUCCACCAUGGCAUCUACGAUGCUGUCAUCAUCGUCGUCGUCGCAACAAAAGACGAAUUACGCCUUGGCAAUUUCGUACAUUGUCAAGGAACUGAUUGACUCGUACGAAUCGGGCGCGACUCUGAAUCUCACCAAAUGCAAAGGCGACGCGUCCAAAAAAUUCCAACUCCAAGGAAUACCCAAAAUGGCCGACAUUCUGCAAGGUCUGCCGGUAGCAUACCGCGCUCCAUUAUGGCCGUAUUUAAAAACCAAACCCGUCCGAACGGCCAGUGGCGUCGCCAUUGUGGCCGUCAUGUCCAAACCGCAUCGCUGUCCGCAUUUGGCAUAUACCAAUGGCCAAGUCUGUGUCUAUUGUCCCGGUGGACCCGAUUCGGAUUUUGAAUAUUCCACACAAGCGUAUACGGGGUACGAACCGACAUCGAUGCGGGCCAUUCGUGCGCGGUACGAUCCGUUCUCGCAAGUCAAGGGUCGCGUCACACAGUUGCGAGCCAUUGGACAUACCGUCGACAAGGUGGAAUUCAUCGUCAUGGGAGGAACCUUUUUGAGUUUGGAUCAGGAAUAUAAGGAUUACUUUAUUCGCAAUUUACACGAUGCACUCAGCGGAUAUCAUUCGACUUCGGUACAAGAAUCGAUUCGGUACAGUGAACAAUCCACUACCAAAUGCAUUGGCAUUACCAUUGAAACCCGGCCCGAUUAUUGUCUCAAACCGCAUUUGGAAGAAAUGUUAUUGUAUGGAUGCACCCGCAUUGAAAUUGGCGUCCAGUCCAUUUACGAAUCCGUCGCCAAGGAAACCAAUCGAGGCCAUACGGUGAAAAGUGUCUGUCAUUCUUUUCAAUUGGCCAAAGAUUGUGGAUUCAAAGUUGUCAGUCAUAUGAUGCCCGAUUUACCCAAUAUGGGAUACGAACGCGAUUUGGAAGGCUUUCAAGAAUAUUUUGAAAAUCCAUUGUUUCGCAGUGACGGCAUGAAACUCUAUCCGACAUUGGUCAUUCGAGGCACGGGAUUGUACGAAUUGUGGAAAACGGGUGCGUAUCAUAAUUAUACCCCCGAUCAAUUGAUUGAAUUGACGGCCAAAGUAUUGGCGUUAGUGCCGCCGUGGACGCGUCUCUACAGAAUUCAACGCGAUAUUCCCAUGCCAUUGGUGUCAAGUGGCGUCGAACAUGGCAAUUUACGAGAAUUGGCAUUGGCCAAACUGCGCGAAUUGGGACUCCAUUGUAUGGAUGUCCGGACGCGCGAAGUGGGCAUGAAACAGAUUCAUUCCCAAGUGACACCCGAUCAGGUCGAAUUGAUGCGACGCGAUUAUGUCGCCAACGGAGGAUGGGAAACCUUUUUGAGUUAUGAAGAUCCGGCACAAGAUAUUCUCAUUGGAUUGCUCCGAUUGCGCAAACUCUCACAUACGGCGGCGUGGUUGAAGGAAAUUACAAACGUACCCAGUAGUAUGAUACGAGAACUGCAUGUGUAUGGGACGGCCGUGGCGGUGAAUGCACGAGAUCCGACUCGAUUUCAACAUCAGGGAUUUGGAGUAUUGCUCAUGGAAGAAGCCGAACGAAUUGCACGGGACGAACACGGGUCGGAAAAGAUUCUCGUCAUUUCGGGGGUGGGAACGCGACACUAUUAUCGCAAGUUUGGAUAUCAACUCGAUGGACCGUACAUGAGCAAAAUGUUGUAUGAUGAUGAUGAUGACGACAACAAAGCGUGGCAGUAGUAAUAGAAGUCAGUUCCGGUGUAGCAGUGGGUCUAUAGUAUUGUCUUUUCAACUAGAACUCAUAUCAGUGUGCUCAUACUGGUAAUGCAAUUUCGCUGGUGAGUUGUUACGAGAAAGCUAGUACAAUCGCUCCAACUCGACGCUCAUGAAACCAUCACUAUCAAAGCAUGUAUUAGGAUGAGCCUUGGAACCGUACUCAGCAAGGCACUUGCAAAAGAUGGACUCGUCCCAAUUAUGAAGGCUGAUUUCUGGCGCUCCCAAUUCGAGCAUGUCCUCCAUGUGCGUCUGCAUUUGGAGAUCACCAUCACCACAAUACCGAUUGAAGAACUCGAAUGCCAAUAUCUCGCAGAAUUGCAUAAGCUUCAGUUCGCGCACCCGCUUGGUGUGGUUAUUUCCGGUCGCAACAAUCAUUGCGG